ACUUUUUCGAAUCUUUAUCACAAUUCGUUCCUUGUUGUUCUCGAGUUACUUAGCUUUGAUCCUUGGAAGAGGUAAUUUCUGUGAAGUAAAUCAGUAAUGGAGUCGCUCCUCAACCAUGUAACGAAACAAGAAACUGACGGUAUGGGUAGCUGGAAACAACCGCUGUGGGGAUGCUUCAGUGACAUUGGUGCUUGUUUGAUCACCUACUUUGUGCCCUGUUGGACCUCUGGAAAGUUAGCUGAAUCAGUCGGCGAGAACUGCCUGCUUCAGGGAAUCCUCUCUGUUUGUCCUAUCGUAUACGGAUACUUCAGAGCCCAAAUAAGACAAAAGGUGGUUAAAAAGGCGGGAAUAGAUGAGAGCUUCAUGAUAAGCUUCCUCAUAUCAUGCUGCAUUCCUCUGUGCGGAGUGUUACAAGAGGUGUCUCAACAAGGUGUUAGUGUCAUGCCAAGAUCUUAAUGGUCAUAACAUUUCGCUAAAUUCUGGUCUAUUGUCUUUUAAAUCUGUUAAGAAAGGAAUUAACGGACAUCAUCUACACGAAUAAUGAGGACUUUUCGAUCGCUUUCAUAUAAUUGGUGUUCAAUUGAGUUCGUUCUCAGAUGUACAUGUUGUUGAGUAAUGAGUUUGGAGUAUCAAAUCUUGAGUUUACAACAUUCAAUUUAUCAUUGUGAUUCGUAACAAAUUAAUUAUAUUUUGAAAAUUUCCGGUGUCA